AUGGCAACUCCUUAUGUCCCAGUGCCCAUGCCCUUAGGGAGUUCUGCUGCCAGCUUCGCAACCAGCAGGAACCAAAGAAGUUCCUCUUUGGGGAGCAUCUCAAGCUCGAACUCCUCCAAAGGCCAGCUGGAGGACUCACACACAGGAACCCUGAGACAGACCAGUGCCCCUGGUCAGGGGGACAGCGCUUCCUCCGUCUGCAGCAGCCCCCUCCUCAGGACUAAGUUUACAAACGCAGACUCUUGCAUUGAGUAUUCCACCAGACCAAGAGAGAGUGAAGAACAGAAUCCUGAAACAGCAGAUUUGGAAGAUAGGCCUUCGACUCCUACUAUUCUGGGCUAUGAGGUGAUGGAAGAAAGAGCGAAAUUUACUGUAUAUAAGAUACAAGUGAAGAAAAACCCAGAAGAAAGCUGGGUAGUUUUCAGAAGAUACACUGACUUCUCCAGGCUUAAUGAUAAAUUAAAAGAGAUGUUUCCAGGCUUUCGAUUAGCACUUCCACCAAAACGCUGGUUUAAAGAUAAUUACAACGCCGACUUUUUAGAAGAUAGAAAAUUAGGAUUGCAAGCAUUUCUUCAAAAUUUAGUGGCUCACAAGGACAUUGCACACUGCCUGGCGGUGAGGGAGUUCCUUUGUCUGGACGAUCCACCGGGGCCAUUCGAUAGCCUGGAGGAGAGCAGGGCUUUCUGCGAAACUUUAGAGGACACAAACUAUCGUUUUCAGAAAGAAUUACUGGAAAAACAAAAAGAGGUGGAGUCGCUGAAGAAACUGCUCGGUGAGAAGCAACUUCGUAUAGACACGCUAGAGAGCAGGAUCAGGGCGCUGUGUUCAGACCGGGAGGAGCCGCCCUGGUCAAGCACCGAAGGCCAGCGCGUCCCGAAGGCGGCGGCCCCUGCUCUGGGGGCUGAGCCGGAAGUCCUGGGUGGAGAAAGCAGAGCUGCAGACCAGCCGCUCUGCCGGCCCGGAGCGCCCGGAGCCUGCGCAGCGGAGGUGGAGGUGGCCGAAGUGGCCUACGACGCCGAGGAGGACUGA